GGGAGGGACCUUAAAGCUCCGGGGCGGCUAGGCUGGGACCGGCCGCUCCGCAGGCACCGACGAACUCCGGAGCGGAGCAGCGCGGCGCGCCGGUCGCGUCCCGGGUGCCCUGCAGAGCUGUGCCAGCAGGUAAAAGGACACAGAAAAGAAGAUGGACUGGGGAAGUCUGCAGGCCGUUUUAGGAGGAGUAAAUAAACACUCAACCAGCAUUGGGAAGAUAUGGCUCACAGUCCUGUUCAUCUUCCGUAUCAUGAUUCUGGUCGUGGCUGCAGAGAGAGUCUGGGGAGAUGAACAACAAGAUUUUGUCUGCAACACACUUCAGCCUGGGUGCAGAAAUGUUUGCUAUGACCACUUUUUCCCCAUCUCUCACAUCAGACUCUGGGCCCUGCAGCUGAUCUUUGUUUCUACACCUGCACUGCUGGUGGCCAUGCAUGUAGCUUACACCAGGCAUGAGAAGAAAAGGCGGUUCAGAAAUGGUGAGAAAAUUGAUAUUGAAGAGCUGAAAAAUGAAAAGAUUCACAUUCGGGGCCCCCUGUGGUGGACGUACACCAGCAGCAUCUUCUUCAGGAUAGUCUUUGAGGCAGUCUUCAUGUAUGUAUUCUAUUACAUGUAUGAUGGGUACCAGAUGCCUCGCCUGGUGAAGUGCAGUGCAUGGCCCUGCCCCAAUGUAGUGGAUUGUUUUGUGUCUCGGCCCACUGAGAAAACAACAUUUACUAUUUUCAUGCUAGCUGUGUCUGGGAUCUGCAUGAUGUUGAAUUUGGCUGAGUUGUGUUACCUAGUGAUAAAAAUUUGCAUGAAAGAACCCAGGAAAACAACAGUUUUAAAAUAAUUCCCCAGUUUCAGGAUUUUCUAGCUCCCCGUUUCCCUCAAACUUUCUUAGGUGUCAGAAAACAAUCAGCAAUAUUUUCACAUUCGAGGAAAAGGAUGAAAAUGAAAGUUCAUUCAUGUUUUAGAAAUGUUAGCCUCCCUGGGAAGCUGCCACUGAGGCAGGUUUUAAAGAUCAUGAGCUAAUUCAGUAUUCCUGCAUCUACAAAUAGAGAGAACAGCUUUCUGGCAGCAGCUUUUCCAAGUAUGCCUACUGCUGGGAUCCUGUUGUUGGGACAGAGUCACUUUUCAAAAAGUGGGAGUGGAAAGGCCCAGAGAAAGCUCUAGUGCCCAAAGGAGAGCCAGGAAUCACAAACACACUGUGUCAUCUUCAGAGGCAUGCCAAUAACAGAGGGUUUUGGUCAAAAGCAGGGUGAAGGGUUUUGGGGGGAAACUUACAGCUUGCAAAAAGGAAGAAGACAGGGAGGUGAUUGUUUAUAGCAAGUGUCCUAUUCUCUCUUAAGUAUUCUGGAGAGCAAGGAAAAAAAAGGCCUAGGAACACAGGUACUCCAUGGCAAUGCAUGCUAUCAGCUCUGCUGGGCACCAGCAAUGGGUUUUAUCUUUUUAUCUCCUCACCUGUACUGAGGAACAUCUCCUGCAGGGUUGGAGGUGGCCAGUCUCAACUGCUUGUGAAUAUCAUCAGGUCAGUGCUGCCUCCCCCCCGCUCACAGGGGCUGCAGCAGUGGGAGGAAUUACGUUUGUUUUUUCAUUCUCUUGGUCAGGUGAAAAAAAGGAUUGUCACCUUGGAGAAGGUGGGGGCUGUGCAACUGUUUUCCUCCUUCUCUUGUUCUCCCCAAAUACUUUGUGAAGAACCUCAGUAUAGCAGAUUUUUAUUCCAUGAAUAGACUUUUUACCACCUGCCUCCUUCAGCUGUGUGCCUUUAAAAGUUGGGUUUUUUCCCAGUAAAAGCCAAGAAAAAUUGCCUUGUUUCAUUCUGUUUGUUAUCUGAAAGAAGUGCUUCAACACUUCCAGCAUGAUAUGCAGUAGGUUGCACCUACCAGUGCUCCUUCCAUCAGUCCCUUUUUCCUAUCCGACCUGCACAGUUUUUCUCAUAAAACCUUCUCCCUAUCUGAGGUAGCUUUCAAGCGAGUCCAUCAAACCACUCCCAGUCUCUCUGACGUUCCCCACUGUGAGAUUGAAUCACCCUUCCUCUUCUUACAGUAGGUCUAGCAGGAAUUACAGACAGCUUACAGAGCUAAAAUAGCAAAGGAACCCAAUCAGAAAUGAGGAGGAACUUGAUAUUUUUCUUAAAGCUCACAUUGCUGAGGUGUGAAUUGUAUAUUACUAACUUGAAAAACUAUGUGAGUCAGUCUGGUCUUGUCUCUCCAAAGUAGCUUCAAAACACAGUCUGAAAACACAUUUUAUGCAUGUCAUAGGCGGCUACACCAGCACAUACAGCAACAUGGGUUAUCUCCCAAGUGCCUGCCCAUUGAACCCAUGUCUAGAAAGCUGGCUGUUUCUCCUCCUUAGCUUUAAUAACUGGCUUUACCCCAAAAUGAGUGAGCACUAUCUCAGCUUCUCUAUUUGCAUCCAUCUUUUACUGUACAUUUAAGUUUAUCAAUGUUGGAGUAAAUAAAGCUGCAUUAAUUAAGACCCAUGACCCCUCACUGUGCACUGGAAGUGGAGAAUAAGCAGGCUCUCAUUGCUUGCAAGCUACAUCCAGUGUUACAACUUGCCUGCAGAUGGAAAUUGUCAUCUAAGAGGGGAGCAAGAAAAACAGAAAAACACCAUCCUCGGAAGCAUGAACAAAAAGAUAGAAAGUGAUUAAUAGUGAGCUGAACUGGAAACUUGGACUGUGAAAACAUCCUUAAUUCAACUCUGAAGAACAAAGCUUGGCACAUACCAGUUUUGUGCUUGGUAAAGUUCCUGUAUUGUUCUGUGUACAAGUACGAAGAGAACGAACUAUCUACACUCCCAGUGCUCUAGUAUUACAUUUCUUUUGUAACAACAGGAUUUUUAUUUUUUGUCUGAAAUUAUAAUUAAAGCACUCUUGUGGUGUCUGUUUUCUGUA